AUGGAGGUAGCCCGUGCACAAGUUUUGCAUGGUGCUGCUUCAUACAGUGCCUUAAACAAAGCUACCGAGACAGUCCGUCGGCAGGCGGCGGUUCUUCAAGUGCUGUUUCCUCACGUCACUUUGGAUGAUCUGGUGGACAAGGACCGAGCUGAGCUCAUCCGUCUUCUAUCGCAAUCUUCCUCAACAAACGCAGAUCUACCAGCAGAAAGAUUCGUCGUGGCGUCAUCCGUGUCCGACAGCCCAGAAAACGAUCCCAGUGCAUUGGAGGAGUCAGAUGAAGCAGAUGAUUCGGAGGACCGGCAUUGGGACGAGUCAGCAAAAGACCCUGCAACUCUGGCAACCAGCGACGAUAUCAACGCCAUUGGGCUGGCGGGCGACCGACGCCGCCGGUCAUAUCUGGGGAUUUGCUCGGUAGGUGCGGUUCUCAAAGCAUUAUUCCGGCUUUGUCCAGGCGCAAAAGAGUGCAUCAUAGAAGACUCCAAGCUCUGGGCCCCCGUCCAACCGGACGACACUCGCCCUGCACUCCUACCCCAAGGCCUUGCCAUGACUCCAUUAUUGGACUCACUGAGAGAAUUGCGCUAUAUCACAUUCUACUUUGACAACGUUCACGCAAUCACGCCUUUCUUGCAUGAGGAGUCGUUCAGAGCAAAAUUCACGAUUAGAGAUCAACAAGGCUCCUCAUGGUUGGGUCUCUGCAACAUGGUCCUCACGGUGGGAUCCAUCGCUUCUGGCAGUGAUACAGCUCACAUCCACUACUAUAACCAGGCUCGCUCGUACCUCGAUCUAGAUUCAUUGGGUUCUGGUAACUUGGAGACGUUACAGGCGCUGUGCUUACUUGGCGGGUACUAUCUGCAUUACCGAAACUCCCCAAACAUGGCAUAUUCAAUCCUGGGCGCCGCUCAGCGCUUGGCCAUAGCGUUGGGCUUACACCGAGAGCCGCCCACUCGAAACGAACAGCCUAACCCUGAGACACGCGGAUCCUAUGCGCUUCGGCUCGAGACUCGGCGUCGCACUUGGUGGAGUCUUUACUGUCUCGAUACCUGGGCGAGUAUGACGCUAGGCCGACCGACUUGCGGCCGAUGGGAUACAGCCACUAUGAAUACAUCGUUGCCCUGCACCCUCCAUUCAGAGGACCAUUUCGCUACGUCCUUAAGGGCCAGCGUCGAGUUCUGCCACAUCUGUAACCGUCUCCAACAUCGCUUCGCCCAAUUUAUCCGGAUCAGCGUCCAUGAAGCCCAGGCCUUGGACUACGAUCUUCAGCGGUGGUAUGACGGCCUUCAUCCAGUCCUGCAGCAUACAACAGACGCUCCGCCGCGAAUGAGUGUCGCGCGCGAAUUCCUACGCAACAGAUACUACAACGCGCGAUUGAUCCUGUCGCGCUGUUUCUUGCUCUACAUGGCCUAUGAGGAUACUAAAAGGCGCCAUCCUCACUCAGCGGAGCAGCAGAUGGCGGGCAUGUGUCGUUCCAUUGCUGGAGAGACCAUCGAUGCAAUCGCACUCCACUGGGUCCCCAAUCGCACACAGGUCUGGAAUGCUGCCUGGUAUCUCUUCCAAGCCUGCAUGGUGCCGCUGCUAUCCAUAGCCAUGGCUAAUACGUCCGAUCACGCUGCAGUUGACCCUGCGGACGUCUCGGCCUGGUACGCCAGCUUGCACAAGGCCCUUGAAGCCUUCUCAGAGAUGAGGCCAUGGAUGCGGGCAUCGGAUCGCGCCCCAAACAUCGUUGCUGUUCUGCUCCGAGCCGUGUCGCAGGGACCCGACGGAUCUAUACACACACCAUCCGUGACGGAUGGCGCAUUGAAUCUCUUUGGGAUGUCUGAUGAGUUUCUCAUCGAAAUGGACUGGAGCGAGCUUCCCAAUGACGAGAAUAUGUUCCAAAGUCUGUUUCCAUUGACAUGA